AUGAUAAAUGGCAUUUGUCAUGAUCUCGACAGCAAAAAGGCCAAGUACAGCUUGCUACAGGGUACCGACGACUCUGGAAAUAAACGGCCGGCUAUUCUUGUUAAUCUCAGCACAUUAACCAAAAACUCAUGGGCUCAUUCUUCUCUCUUGAUUGUAUUAGACCCUACGAAGGGUGUAGCUGUUCUUCAAGGACGAACUAAGAACCCACUCUCAUUCGAUCCUAUUCUUGACACAUCUGAACCAGCAGACCCUACCACCACAUCUUCUUCUUCAGUCACAGUUGACCCAACGAGUUCAUCUCAAACAGUCUCGGCAACUGGCAGUGUGAAUAUCGACCCGUCUACUGGCCGGUUUCUUCUUCACAUUCCCCUGUCGACUGAAGAGGGUAAAUUCAUCUCGACUGUGGUCUCUAAACUAUCAAAAAUCGAGCGAAUGGUGAGCUAUGUUGAGCUUAUCAAGUCCAUGUCACUUCAACUGCGUGAAGCGUCGAUGACGAAGAUCUCUUUCGAAUAUGGACCCGACCUGACGGCCACUGUUCUUCUCCACGACAGUGAUCCGGUUGACAGUACUACACCGCCCAAAAUUACCUUCAAACUGAGUUCCAACAGUCCUCAUAACAUUGUAGCACCUCAUUUACAGGCUCUAUUAGACGAACGAGGGCUACUCCCUGUUGUGUGGCUGCUGCGAACAUCACUUCCCAUCUACCAAUCCCUCAAACAGCUCGAACAGACCUCUCCUGUCCGGGUUCUCAUAGUCGCACGUUCGGUGGUUGAUAUCCGUAUAAUGUUCCCCAAUCGCCGGACCAGUCUCGAACUUCGACUCAUGAAAAGACACAAAACCGACGUUGUCUACGUCAAAGAGCUCGCCGAUACCGCUACAUCUGUCCCCGAACCAGACUGGGCCUCGCCCCUAAAAACAGCUGGCAUCUGGAAAGAGCGGUUCUCACACCCCUCGAUCGUCCCGCUCUCAGACGGAGCAGUCUGUCCACCCGACGAAGUUGGCACGGUCCUCACCAAAGUCGUGCAAACACUCGCCACCGCUACAUAG